CCAUCGGGAACCCGGAGUUUUUGUACAAAGGGUGCAGUUGAUCCCAGCCGGAAUCUCAACAUCUGUCCAUCGACGGAGUUUAAUUCAAAGGUUUAAAAUCUACAUUCUGCGGUUUGUGCGUUGUGGUUUGAUGUUUGUGCUGCCUGGUAAAGAAGCACAGUAUUUUUACAGUAAUUUAUACAUCAUAGGUUCGACCAAAUGGUCAGCCAUCAUCAACAAUGUGAUUCGCAUUUAACAUACAUUGCAGUCGCUUACUGAAGAAGAUUGUAUUGAGGUUUUUUUGAGGGAUCGCUGCUGACUAAAACUAUGCAUCGAUCGUAGCACACAGCACGUAUGUAGGAAUACCAGACUGUAAUUAAUAACAAUGACGGGACCUAGUUUAGGUAGCAGCGAUUCUGCAUCCAAAAUGUGCAGAUCGGGCCGCUCAAAAAGCGCCGGCAGUACCCGCUGCCACCCUAGAGCCGCAACCCAUCCUGUGCCACCAUGCACUGCUGCUAACAGCGCCGGUCGCUCGUCUGGUGAAGAAGAUGAGAAGGAGGGCGGUGCGCCGUUUUAUGUGAAUCGCACCGGUUUCCCCAUCGAGAGCGUCACCUGGGAGCGGAUGUGGAGUCACGUGGCCAAAGUGCACCCGGACGGACAUGCUAUGGUGGACAGAAUCAGGAAUGCAGCUCAUCUACCGAAACAGCCCAUACCAUCAGUGCCCAGCUUUAAGCCAUCCAUAUCAGUGCCUGAUUGGCUCCAUGCUGUCCAGAACUACAUGAAGAACUUGCAAUACAACCACACAGGAACACAGUUCUUUGAAAUUCGCAAAACCAGACCUUUGUGUGGGUUGAUGGAAACUGCAAGAGAAAUGAUAAGGGAAUCCCUUCCCAUUAAAUGUCUAGAAGCAGUUAUCCUUGGGAUCUACCUUACCAAUGGCUUGACAUCAGUGGAGCGCUUCCCGAUUAGCUUCAAGACACAGUUUUCAGGCCAGCAUUUCCACCAUGUGGUUCUUGGUGUCUACUGCAAUGGUCGUUAUGGCUCAUUGGGUAUGAGCCGGCGUGCAGAUCUCAUGGACAAGGCGCUGGGCUUCCGCACACUCAGCGAGCUUGUCUUUGACUUUGAGGACUCAUACCGACGAUACCAGCAUGCCAUUAAGAAGGUGAAGAUUGGUCUGUAUGUGCCACACAACCCACAUGUCUUUCAGCCUAUUGAGUGGAAACACCUGGUGCUGAACCCUUGCCGUCAGGGCCAUGAGGACAUGCGCAAAGAGCUGGAGAAGCAUGGGCGUGACAUGAGAAUGAAGAUCUUAAAGUCAUCGAGUGCCCAAUCUCCGAUAAAGGAACGAGCCAGGGGAAAAUCUUUGUCACCUCAUCGACAACAAGUCAUUAGCCCCCAAAGGCGCCAUCAUUUUCACAGAAGAGAAAAAUCGCCUGCCACUCUAGACAGAAAGCCAGCAGAGCUUAGCACCUUGAACGAUGGUUACCAGAUCCGCAUUUAAUGCUAACCUGCAGAAAGACUACCCUCUCUCAUCAGACCAGGUGAUCCCAUCCUGCCUCUAUAAUAUUCAGGUGUAAACUUUGUGGAGGCCAGUCCAUGACUGUCAGUGUUUUAUCAGCUGUAUUCUCUCCAGAUAUGAUUUCACUGCAUUAGCAGUGUGCCUGGGAUUGCUGUUAUUUUGUAACAGGGUGAACUUGGCAUCCCAGUAAAGCUGCCAGAUGCUGAGCCAGGUCCCUGCUGGACUUUUUUCUCUCAAUGAAGAAACUUUAAAAAAACUUCUCAUCAGGUCUUCUUGAUGAAAGUUUUCCUGGCCUUCUGGUCCUUGUUUGACCUCUCCUGAUUUUUCACAUUUGUUUAUAACAGCUUCAAUACCACAUCCUGAGUAUCCAGUUUGUUUGUGGAUAUCCCCUAAGUCUCGUCAAAUUCUGUGAUUUUUGGCAUUUUAAAUGGAAUGGUGUGACUGAAAAUUGGCCUUAUACAUAUUAUCAAGCUUUCAAUAAAUUGAUUUUUGAUUGAUUGAGCGAUUGAUUGCGGGUUGUCUUUGUUUAAAACAAUUAUGUAAUAUGCAACAUAUAAUACAUGCAAAAAUAGUAAACAUCAGUUAGAGACACAUACUUUUUUCUUUACAGCACUGUAGCUGACAUUGGAUGUUAGAUUCGUUCCUGUGUCCUUUUAUGCCAAAUGCACCUUGAGUCUAUUCAACAAAUCCCAUCAGUUUCAGUAGCAUUGUUGUUGUGAUUUAUUGAUUUGAUAAAAUAUGUAUUUUUUGAUGUGUUAGAAAGAUAAAAAGUCCCUGAAGAGUCCUGUUGAUUAGUAAUGUUCUAGUAGUAAACAUUGUAACACAUUCUGUACACAGUGAAAAUGGACAUAUCAAGAAACUGGACUUCAGAAUAAUAAAUCAGGUACUUGUGGAGUCUAAUAAUUUUUACAGGCACUCAUAACCAUGCAUGCCUUACAAAGGCCCCUAAUCUGUCUUCCCUAAUAGUAGCGGAACAGCACAGUUGUAGCAUCUUAAAACCAGCAGUUAAGGCUUUUUAAAAUUAAAUCUUAAUUAAAAAAUAUAUAAGUGAUGUCCAAUUGAGGUAGAAUGCAAGGUAGAAUUGAGGUUGAGAGUUAAAUGCUAUGCUUAUAAACCUCACACCAGUUCUCUUACGUUAGAACAAAGACUAUUGGUCACCAUUGGUCACCAAGCUACAACAAAUUUUUGAAAGCAGCCAAAACAUAUGCUGACUUAACAUUAGCAUCAUGUUAGUACCAUGUUAUUCUAGACACUAUUUUCUCCAAUGCAUGGGGUGGCUAAGUGGGUAGCACUGUUGCCUCACAGCAAGGUCCUGGGUUUGAUCCCCAUGUUGGGCGGUCUGGGUCCUUUCUGUGUGGAGUUUGCAUGUUCUCCCCGUGUCUGUGUGGGUUUACUCCGGGUACUCCGGUUUCCUCCCACAGUCCAAAAACAUGCAAGUGACCUCAUUGAAGAUACUAAAUUGUCCGUGACUGUGUUCAAUAUAACUUUUGUGAAAUGAUGAACCUUUGUAAUGAGUAACUACUGUUCCUGUCAUGAAUGUAACCAAAGUGUAAAACAUGAUGUUAAAAUCCUAAUAAACAAACAAACAAACUCAAUUGCAUGCUACCUAUAAAACUAGUGAAAAAGGUUUUUCAAUCUGAGAUAUUUUAAUGACAAGAUUAAUGAUCACUAGUUCUAAAGGGCUUGCAUCCAUUACACAGUGGGACAUUAGUAAAGUAAAUGAUAACACAAUUGUUAAGUGUCUUCUAAAUAAAAAUAUAUGAAAUAAAAUAUGAAAUACCAAAUAAAAUAAAUGAAAUUCUUGACAAAAAUACUACUACACAAUGGCUACAUGCAUUGCAUUUGUAUGGUUGAUUUGCAUUAUGCAUUGCAUUUUUCAUGGCUUACCUUGCAUUUUAAUUAGUUUUACAUUUUUAUUUAUAUACAUUUGUCAUACUAAGAACUUACAAGUUGAUGGCUGAUGAACACCAUAGCAUACAUCAUCCAUUACACAAGUAUGAUGCAAAGCCAGCAAUGACUUGAGAGUUGUCUAUUUUUUCAUUACAAUUCAAAAGCACAUAAAACAACUGUAGCACAGUAACUGAUAAGGUAGUAACCUAUAAUGGUGCUAUUACUUAUUUUAAAAUAUUAACUGUUAGAAACAUGUUACUACAUGGGCUUACUUUAGCUUCUACAAUCAGUUCAUAUACAAUGAAGAUAAAAAUUAGUUAAAUGUAUUUUAAACCUUAGUAAUGAAAACUUUUUCCAAAUCAAACUGUAGUUCAUGCUUUUAUUUACACAAGUACAACAUUUUAAUUGGUUCCAAGUGGUUUGUUGUAACUGCUUUAAUGUAUGUACUUCGUGAACUACCUUGUAAAAAUGAUUGAAUGGUUUGAAGGAUCCCUCUCAAGUCUCAAUAUGGCUGUUACCAGUUUAUUCUGUCCUUAUGUUUAAAAUGUUAAUCAAUUUUCUGUACAUGAAUUUUCAUGAACAAUUUAUUAGUUGUUUGCAUGUUGUAAUAAUAAAAGUGUCAUUUGUAUAA